GCGCUCCUCCUCGCGUCGCUCGGGGACGACGCCAAGACGAUCCGCGAGCUCCUCGCGCGGGGGGCGUGGAUCGAAUGCAGGACCGAAUCCGGCGCGACGCCGGUGAUCUGCGCCGCGAGCAAAGGCGCGGGGAUGGCGCUCGAGGCGCUCCUCGACGCGGGCGCGGAUAUCACCGCGGUGGACAAGGUGGGCGCGAACGUCGUCCACCUCGCCGCGCACAACGGCCGCGUGGCUACGAUCCAAAACGUCUUCGCGCACGAAAAGGUGACGUCGUCGGACGGCGCGAAGGAGGCGCUUCUGCGCUGGCCGACGAACGGCGGGGAGACGCCGAUCAUGGCGGCCGCGAAAGCAGGGCACGACGACGUCGUCCGCGUCCUGAUCGAG